AUGCACCUGAACGUGAUCUUCCCACCAAAGCAGACAGAUCCGCUGCGUCUGCCGAACUGCGUGUCUCUGGGUCAGGGAGUUACCGAGGCUCUAAACCAAGCCGGCCCGCUACCGCGUCUCUACGAGCCGAGUAAAGAGGCAUUGGAGAACAACUUUGACAGCCUGCCACUCGGCGGCUGCAUUGAGGACAGUACGAUGGCUUCACAGACCACGCGUUUCUCUCUUAUCGGUCAUCGAGUGGUAGAACCUGCGCGCAAAUCUAUAGGCUGUGGACAGUCGCCAGACAGCUCCCAGUCUCCUAUUAACCUUAGCUGUAGAAACGAGCCUACUCCGAGUUCUUCCUCGUCCAAUCGGAAUGCAGACAGCUUUGAGGGCUGGUUCCCUGACCCAUCCGAGUUGAUGAGUUCGUUCGAUGCAACGAAUCAGCGGUCACCGCUGUCUUACAUGACAGUUGAGUGUCCUUCGUCUCCCUCUGGUGGACUUAGUGCAUUGAAGCCCGCUCCUCCCUGUCCGCUUGUGAACAGGCCGGUAUCCUGUUACAACCCCCUGCGUUCCCACGACAGCCCCGUUACCCUGCCACCAAAUCCAGGCGAAAUAGCGGAUUCCAACUACGGCCAACAGAGUUAUCUUCCGCCCUCGGUGCGUCAGCCCGCUAUCAGUCCCGAGCGCAAGAUCUCGCAGGACGGCAACUACCGGUUUGAUUGGCCAUAUCCGUCUCAACCACUCUAUCAUCGCGCUUUCCCUCCUUCUGGCGUC